UAUUUAUUUUUUCUUUUUUUUUUUUUUUUUUUUUGGAAACCUCGUGGUUUCGGGGUGAAUGGCCGGUUGAAUAGCUACAAUUUCGGGCGUUGGGUGUGGUGGGCUACGGAUUGUGGGUCUUGGAAUGAAAAGACGUUGCGGAUCUUUCAAGGUUGGGGGUCAUUCACCGACGGUUUUGUAUCUUGUGUUCUACGUCUCUCUAGCCUGUAUUUGUCAAUUUGACAUGGAAUAAGCUGUGUCGCAUUGACUGAUAGGAGGUAGAAAUUGAGAUUACCCACUGCCAGUAGUUGAAAGUUGUGUAUUACAUUUGUAAUCAUGCGCACAAAGUAACGGUUGAAUAUAUUGGUGCUCUAGAACUCGAAUGUAACGUAAGUCGGGAUAGGGUUGCUUAAGGUGCGAGGCCUUGUGCUUGCUCAAGCAAUCAAUGUUAUUCUUAAGUUCAAUGGUAGAAAAAACUCAGUUCAUCUCAGUUCAUUCCGAGUUGUGUAGUCUGAGUUCGAGAAACCCCUUUGAACGUAGAGAUCUCGAUUUGAUCGGUAACAUGCUGACUCAAUGAGAACAUGAUUUCUUGGAAUAGCAACCGGCUUUUAACCAUCGGCUGGUUUCCUCAUUUUAUGACAACAUGCUUAGUGAAGGACACCGUAGCUUGUGAUGAUUGCGCGUUCUCGUAGAUUGUUAGCAGGAGCUGAUCGAGCAAUGCCAAGAAUGAUUUUAAGUCUGGUAAUAACAAAAUUUCAACAUGUUCACAGACGUUCAAGUUACAUGUUCUGAGGUACGAAGGCCUAUAUAGUGUUCAUCGACUAGAACUGGAAAAACCGAAUUAUAGUCAAUAUGAAUGGUCGAGUGGAGCAUUUGCCGUUACAAGCCUCUGAAAGGGCAUCUUUUCACGGUGAUCCGGCGUUAGAGAAUGCAUUGGAGCUAGCCACAGUCAACGCAAAUCCUCCACGGAUUGGAGCUAGUCUAGCACCUCAUGAUUCUGGAAUUGAUCAGGCUCCACACAAUAGAAACGACAGGGAGUUUCAUACUGUAAAUCUGGUGGAAGGGGCUAAAGGAGAAGGAUCAGAUUUGAAGAAUCCGAACUCCAAGUAUGGUUCUGUUGAUGACGAUAUUGAACUUGGCCCGAAAUCAGAGGGAAGGCACGUUAGUAAUGCUUCCAAGGAUGACGCAGCUGAUGGAGAGAUGGUGUGUCGGGUGUGUCACUUGGGGCUUCUCACUGGAAAUAGUGAAAGCAUUGAGCUUGGUUGUGCCUGCAAGCAAGACCUCGCUCUCUGCCAUCGUGAUUGCGCAGAAGAAUGGUUCAAGAUCCGCGGCAACACAGUAUGCGAGAUUUGUGGUGAAACUGCGAAGAACGUGCACAUUCCUGAGCCUGUGGAGAGCACUGCUGCACAUCUGGAAGCUGACGGAGCUCGACCAAACUCAUACAUGGCAUUUGUCGGAGUGUCAACUAUGUCGAGGCUUAGGUACUUGUGGGCAAAUCAGCUAAUCAGAAACUCACUAAUCGCAUCCGUGAUUGUGAUCUUCAUGGUCCCUUGGUUCUUCCGCAUCGCCUAUUUUACUGCUUAAGUAAGCCUCAAUCAUCUAAAUCAGUUCUAGAGGUAAUUGUCAAAUAGUUUUAGUCGGCGUAUAGCAGAUGUAUAUUGGUAUUGCAAGGGAGGAACCUCCUUGUGUAAUUACUUAGCUGGUAAAAGAGGAAAGUGUGUUAGACUUCCUUUUUGAACAUCUUGUAUUUAUAUUGAAUUUUUCUUCUCUGCCAA